AUGGCGUAUACCAAUUUUUACAACGCUUUUGGCAAUUUGGAGCUGAUGGUGAUGAAUCUCGUGGAAACGAUGGCUUAUUCCAUGACGUUCCCAUUACUGUGGCUGAUACGCUGCAGUAAUUUGCUAAAGCUCGUAAUUCAUGUAAUAAAAAAGGAUAUGGUUGAACGCAGAUUUGAGAAUUUUGAAGAGGAAAGGAUUUACUAUACUUACAAUUUUAUAUCCAAGAUAUUCUCAUAUGGCUCAAUUGUUGGCAUGUUCAUCACGGUUGUAUUGCUGUAUCUUAGACCGCUUGUGUAUCUCUUGACUAUUAAUCAAGCAUCACGAAACAGUACAGAGUUGUUUAUGUUACCCUAUAGAAUUCAUCCAUUUUUCGAUAUCAGCAGUACUCAUACAUACAUAUUGAUGUAUCUCUGUCUAUUCCCAAUGAUUUACUUUUCUGUAUGUCAUAUGGCAGCGAUUUGCCUAAUGGUCAUUUUAGUAUUUCAUAUUUGCGGCGAAUUGUCCAUUUUGGCAUAUCGUAUCAGACAUAUUCAAGAAUACUCGCAAACCAUGAUAGUAGACAGAAUUCGUAGCUUCGUUCGAAUGCAUCUCAAGAUAAUAUGGAUGGCGAAGUCCGUAGACGAUACUUUCAAUUUGAUUCUUUUGGAUGAACUCGUUGGCAACAGUGUUGUACUAGCUAUCUCAUUAUAUUAUGUCAUAAUGAACUUGGAUGUGUCAGAAAUAGCAACCUGCUGCACUUUUAUAUUUUUUGCUAUUAUUGCGCUUGUCAUGCUCUUUGGAUAUUGUUUGAUUGGUGACCAACUAACUCAACAGUGUAUAAGCGUGCAAGAUGCAUACUAUGAAUGCAAUUGGUACGAAAUGCCACUUGGUUGUAAGAAAUGUCUACUAAUUUGUAUGAUUCGGGGCCAAGUUAUGCUGUACUUAACUGCUGGAAAAUUUUAUAUAUUUUCUUUAAACAGUUUUACGGACGUUAUUAAAACCUCCUUGGCGUAUUUGUCGAUGCUGCGUACCCUGUUAUGA